AACUGCCAUCUCCAUAGAAGAAGCCGCCGCCAUCUCCAUCGAAGAAGCAAGUUGGACGUGUUGACCAUCUCUAGCCCUCCAGAAUGGAUGAAAGUCAAACAUCAAACAACCAUGUAUUAGGGCAAAGUGUUUUAAAUUCAAAGCGUGUCAAAAGGAGAAAUUCAUUGAAGUGGUGGCUGAAUGCUCAAACAUGGUUUAUGACAAUCAUAUUUUGGAUGUUUGUUUCAUUAUCCACAAGGCGAAGACGAACACGAGGUAUGCGAUAUAUAAUAGACAAUCAUUCCAAAAGGGAAGGAUAUUUUAAAAGAUUAGUACACGGACCUGAAGCAAAUUGCAUUUCCCAAUUAAGAAUGAGUCGUGCUGCUUUUUUCAAGUUGUGUGAUAGUAGAAGAACAAGUAGCUAUAUUUCUACUUGUAUUAUCCCAUCAUCACAAAAAUAGAACCUUAAUAACUGACUUUCAAAGAUCCGGGAGAACAGUAAGCAAAUGUUUUUCUACUGUAAUACAUGCGGUGUUACAACUUCAUUCUACUUUGUAUGCUAAACCUCAACCAAUUACGAUGGAAUGCGAAGAUGAUCGAUGAUCGAUGGAGAACAUUUCAAGUGUAUUGGACUAAAUAACUUAGUGAAAAUCCAUCAAAGAUUC